AAGUAAACGAAAUAAAUGGGAGUACUUUCACGCAUGUUAAUAAUUAAACAACAGGUACAAUAGAAAUAGUCCUGUAUUGGAAAAACUCGUUGAAAGUAGGCUGCUAACUGAACAAAACCAUUUGCCUUUAUUGAACUGCGAAGUAGUGUUCUAGUAGACUAGUUCGAACACUAACAUAUUCUACUUUUUCUCAAAGGAAGGGAAACAUUAUUUGCAAUUAAUUCAUAGCAGAAAUCAAUGAACAAUUAACAAAAUAAACACAGGUUUUCAAACAUACAAUUACGAAAGGAAUAAACGUUUUAGAAAAAAAUAAAACAGCGAUUUUUUAUGGUUUGCCGAAUUUACAAGAACUCUGUGGAAUUAAACAAGGGACAAAAAAAGCCAAAAUCGCUGCAACAUAUUUCUACAGCCUAUAGAAUCGUUUCCAAGUGAACGGUAGAACGAAGACAUCAUCGCGAUGGGUUCUGGCAAGUCAAAGGUGCGAAAAUUGAACCCUUCGACAAUCUCUGAACUCCAGAAGAACAUAGAUGUGGAUUUUACGAGGGACGAAAUAGAGGAGUGGUUCCGGGAAUACCAGGCUACACUGCGCAAAGGACAGAGCAGACUCACAAUGCGGGAGUUCGGUGAGGUUUACAGCAGCGUGUUUGACGGGGACGCGAACGGUUUCGUCCGCCACCUCUUCCGAUCCUUCGACAUGGACAACGACGGAUUUGUCGACUUCAAGGAGUUCAUAGUCGGCCUGUGUGUGUCUGGCAGUGACAAGCCCGAGGUCAAGCUGAAGUGGGCCUUUAAGAUGUACGAUAUAGACGGGAACGGAUCAAUCUCGCGAGAAGAAAUGUCUUCCAUGCUCAAGGCCAUAUAUCGCAUGAUAUCGACCGACAUGAGCAACACGAAGGCAGACAUACAGACGAUAGAGGAAUUGGUUGUGGAAUUCUUCCGGUCAGCUGACCGAAACCAUGACGACGCGAUCAGCCAGGAAGAGUUCAUGGCCGGGGUAAGAGAGAUGCCGGCAAUUCUCCACUUACUGCAGUGUGACCCCGCGGCCGAGGGUGAUCUUCAGGGGCCGGUCACCCAGCUGGAUUCCCUCGACAUUGACAAAGAAUCGUUGCCUAACGCGAGUACGCAGUCAAAAACCUCCGGUGCUAAAAUGAAUGCGUACAAAGCCUCAUAAACGGUGUUUUUCAUAGCUCAUAACAGAAUCAUAACCUAUAGUGUGUGUUUUUGGUUCAUAUGUAGGGCUAGUAUAUUGUGUGUCGUUUUGUUGACGUGCUUCUGUUGUAAAGAAGGGCAACGCCUAAAUGAAAUUCAGAAUUGUAUCAGUUGUUCAAAUCAAUGAAAAGGAUAAUUAUAAAAGCAAUAACAGACAAGAAUGUUAAACUAAACAUAUGGAUAUGAAACGGUUGCGUGCUAAAGAACAUUGCGGUCAGAAACAUGAGAUGGCCUUGCUCGCUCGUGGAACCACCUCAAAUCCAUCCGGCGUCAAAUAUCAAAGAAUACACGGAAAUAAGUGUAUUUUAUUACAUGCGGUUUAACUGCGUGUACUCUCAAGUCCUACGACGCAGUUAGUACAUCAUAAACAAGUCAAAAUGGCUUUAAAUGAAACAUUAUUUAAAAAGGGAUUCUUACUCUCAAAUAAGAUGUACCACAAUUAGUUCAUUUAUAUUAAUUUGCCGAAAAUGAUAAAUAAAUAUCGAAAAUAA